CACACCACUCCCACCACUACAUCAUCACCAGCUUAAAAACUCAGCACAACAAAAAGCAAAAACACAAAAAACCCAAAAACACAAACACAAAAACAAAAACAUGUCUCUGAUCACAGAAGAGGCCAAAGCAAAAGCAGAGUUCUACCAAGGAAACGACCUAUGCCAAGAGAAAUCAAAGGUCUUGCUCAAAGAAUUGGGUUUGCCCAACGGUCUCCUUCCAUUGGAGGACAUGGAAGAGUGUGGCUAUGUCAGAGAAACCGGUUUUGUGUGGCUUAAACAGAAGAGGAAGACCGAGCACAAGUUCGAGAAGAUUGGCAAACUCGUGUCGUAUGCGACCGAGGUCACUGCCUAUGUCGAGCCAAAUAAGAUCAAGAAGCUGACCGGUGUCAAGACUAAGGAGCUCUUGCUUUGGAUCACUCUCAGUGAUAUAUAUGUCGAUGAUCCGCCGACCGGGAAGAUCACUUUUCAGAUUCCGGCUGGGCUGUCCAGGACUUUUCCCGUGUCGGCUUUCGAGGUGGAAGAGGGGCCGGCGAAGGCGGAGGUUGGUGGUGGAAAUGUAAGUGUUACUGCUGCUGCUGUUGCUGCUCAAGUGAAGGAAGUUUGAGGCAAUUUAAAAGGUAUAUUUAUUUAUGCUGUGUUUAGUAUAAAGUUGUUUUAAAAGGUGGAUGAAGGGUCAAAUCAAAAAAAAAAAAUGUGGGUAAGUAUGUCCAUUUUGUUUUAAAGGUGGAUGAAGGAUCAAAUCAAAAAAAAAAAAAGUGGGUAAGUAUGUCCAUUUUGCUGAUCAUGGAAAACUGUUGGUGGUGGUGGUGCUGAUGAUGCUAAUAAAGAUCAAUUUAGAAUUUAGAUGAUUAUUA